AUGGCUCCCAAAGCCUCACCACUUCCGCCAUUGGCCCCCUAUCCAGAAACUGCAUGGAGGAAACAUCUUGGACCGCAAGAAUGGGAAGGCUGUCUGGACGCAUGGGUUAGUAUCGCUGGAGCACAUCUACUGUAUUCUAUCUCGGAUUUCAAUCGAUUCUCUGUCAAAGAUGAAUCUCUGUCCAUCUUCCUCGCAUCUUACAUGUCUGAGACAGCUUCAAGUAGUGAUGCAUCGAAUUUCUCUGAUGGCUCAAAAUCCCAACUGCUUCGAAAACAAAGCUUUCUCUUGUCAUACAAACUACUAGAUGUAGUAUCUCCACCCGAGCUACUCGUCGAGUGGGAAUUUCUUGCAGACCUCAGCAAAGUCUAUGGCCGUCGACAAGGAGGAAAAACUCUACAUCUGGGUUUCAAAAAGCAUACUGGGCUUCUCGAGACGGGCCUGAAUGUCCUUAGGAACCGGCUCAUCAAGGAACUCGACGCUGGGCUCAGAGGGGAUCUCAAAAUAGUGGAGAUACAGCUCAAGAAAUUGAACCAUCUCUUACAUGCUUCACCUGACGCCUGUGCAUUUUUCAUGGCUGGAAGCGACUUCCUUGACUCUCUUAUCAGCUGCUAUAAGAUUAUGAACCCCCCUUUGCGGAAGACUAUCAUUUCCACGACAUACUUGUGUCUGAUUGGACUUACAGAAGAUCCUAAGCCAAGGUUGACGACCUUGAUUGAUCAACUCUAUUCGCUGGACGCUGCUGCUAAAGCCCACAAAGAAGGACCAACUAAUGUCAAUGAUUCCCUGGUCGCUGAGUUAGUUACUAUUACUCCAAUCUUGAAAUUGGUUCGAGAAAGAAUAGCAGCGAGUGAAGUCGGUCCCGGAAGAGCCAACUCUGUUCUCCUUUCUUUGGAGAAUUUCAAGAAAGCUGGAGCGAAUCACAAACCGCCUAGACGGCUAAAACGGCGCAUUGACAAAGGGAAAUCGAGAGCGAAGGGGACGAGUGAUGAUGAUCUAGCUGGGAGUUCGAAUGGACAGAUUCAUGUGCAUCGAAUGAGUUUGAUAUCUCAAAUACAAGAUCUCUUCCCAGACUUGGGAUCUGGGUUUGUUAUGAAGUUACUGGAUGAGUAUAAAGAGAACGUGGAAGAGGUGAUAUCUCAUUUGCUCGAGGAUUCCAUCCCUCCACAUCUCAAAAUAAGCGAUCAUUCAGAAGAGCUUGAACCCACCUCGCAGCCAUCUAGAGACCUAGUACCGAAUAUGGAACCUCAUCGUACUGCUCCUCCACCCAGCUUUAUACCUAAUCGGCGUAACGUCUUCGAUGACGAUGAACUUGACAAUCUAGCAAUGGACACUUCAAAGCUGCACUUUGGCCGUCGUAACCCUACAAUCACAGCCGAUGAUGUCCUAGAAGACAAGUCUCAAGCUCCAAACAAGGCCGCAAUUCUAGCAGCAUUAGCUACUUUUGACUCAGAUGACGAUGAAAGGGAUGAUUCCUACGAUGUUGAAGAUGUUGGUGGGACUGUCGACUCGGCUAUUCCAGGAAAUGACCCACAAGAAAGUAUUAUCGACGUUAAGGAUGGACAAGAUGAAGUGUUAUUCCGUGCUUAUAAAACGAAUCAAGGCGUAUUUGCGAGAGAUUCCGCGACAAGGCGUGGCGCUCCAAGGACGAGACUGAAAGAAGAAACAGGAAUGACAGAUGAAUCUAUUGAAGGCUGGGCACUAAUGCUCUCUCGAGACCCUCGUCAAAUGCGUAGACUUGAGAGCAAAUUCUCGUCCUUCGGAGGAGAGCAACGGGAGCUUAAAGCGAGCUCUUGGAAAGCUGCUCCAGGUGGCAGCGGAACCGAGGACUCGGAUGUUGAUGUGAAUGCCAGAGGUCGUGGCGGGAGAUUGUUGAGGGGUGGAAGAGGUGGCGGACGAGGAAGGGGAAGAGGCAACGUAGCUGGACCAACAGGAGAGCGAGAAACGGAGGCUGCGAGACGAGGAAAGGAGGCUAAUAAAGGGUCAAGGGCGAAUCAUAAUCGCAGAGACCAGAGAGCGAAAAAGAUGGCCAGGGGUGGAUUUCCGGGUUGA